AUGGAAGGAAUAUCAUCAACAUUAAGUGCUCUACAGAACAUAACAUUAAAUAUGACUAUGGAUUAUAAUAUAACCAAUUCUUCAUCAUCUGGAGCAGGACCAUCAGCUCUAGCUUUACGUAUUGGUGCAGUGGUGAUGCUGAUAUCUUUAUUAUGGGGACUGUUUGCCAAUGCUUUAACAAUGUAUGCCAUUUUAACUAACCGAGAACUGAAAAAUAUCACUAAUAUGUUUAUAGUCAGUUUGUGUAUCAACGAUAUAAUGAAUCUUGGGAUAUCUAAUUUAUUGGUAUUAGUUUCAUACUUUAUGAUGACAUGGUCUACUGGACUAAUAGUUUGUGAAAUGGUUACUCAUUUUACAGUGCUUUUAAUGGGUUCAUCAUUAUGGCAUACAGGACUUAUUGCCAUCCACAGACUUAUAGUUGUAUGUUUUAACAGUUUUUAUAAAAAAAUAUCCAAACGCUCCUAUACUAUAUUUGUCCUGACCACAGCCCGUAUUGUGCCAUUAUUGUUUCUGAUCCAACCACAUCUAGGUAACAUGGUUCAUUAUGAACCGAAAUUAUUACGCUGUAUCAUAAGACAAGGUUUUGGACUGUACACUAUGUUAGUCAGUAUAGUGUUAAUGAUAAUGCCUUCGUUAAUGUUAAUUAUAUGUUAUAUUGCCAUCUUUAUAAAAGUUCACCAAUCGUCAAGUGCUUUUAGAGCAACAAGGAAAAGAGAAUGGUUGAGAAGAGAGAUUCAGAUUACCAAAAUGUUUGGAUUUGUUUUCCUGGUAAUUAUACUGGGAUAUCUGCCUUAUGGAAUUGUGCGAAGUAUUGAUAAAAAAUUGUUAUUUAGUGCCGAUUGCUAUGUGGUUAUAUCAGUAUUGUACGCAGUAGCCAAUAGUUGUAAUCCUAUCAUCUAUGGCUCUAUGGACAGAAACAUUCGUCGCGCCUGUUUCAAAGCAUUAAAUAUUGAUAAAAAAUGUAUGGGUGAGGAGGAAAGAUUAAGAAAAUUAAGCGCGGUUAAUGUAAACGGACAUGGUCAGAAAGUGGAAAUUCCCAGUGAUGAGAAUACUGAAGCAGUGCCCCUCAAUUCUAAUUCGCCAAAAUAA